AUGUGGCAGGAUAGCAACAAUGCCUACGGUGCAUCUUCAUCGCAGAACCAGUACUAUGCAGGCGCGCCUCCCGUGCAGGGAGUCCCACUCCAAUUCUACGCGCCAAGCCCCGUUAGCAGCACAUUCUAUAGCGGCUCCCGUCCAAGUCUUGACGGAAAUGUCGGUGCACAAGGGACCAUAAACUCGCAGGGUAUGGCAUCGGGCUACGGUGGCAAUAUUCAACCUGCUGGCGGUUGGUGGACGGCGUUCGGAACGGGUGGCUUCGAGGGCGAGCCACCGUUGCUAGAAGAGCUCGGAUUCAACUUCGCUCAUAUCCGUGCCAAGACUUUGACUGUCCUGAAUCCGCUCAGUCGCGUGGAUGAGCGCAUCAUGGACGACGCCGACCUCGCAGGACCUCUGCUCUUCUUCCUCUGCUUUGGCACAUUCCUUCUCUUCUCCGGGAAGCCGCAGUUUGGCUACAUCUACGGAGUCGGCCUCCUGGGCUCCGCAUCCAUCUACACGCUUCUCAACCUGAUGGCCGAGAGUGGCAUAGACGCGUACCGGGUGGUGUCAGUCCUAGGAUACUGCUUACUACCCAUGGUUGGUGUCUCAGCGUUGAGCGUGGUCCUAACACUCGAUGGAUCACUAGGCUACGUAUUGUCUAUCCUGUCAAUUCUAUGGUGCACCUACGCCGCGUCUGGAAUCUUUGUCGCCGUACUGCGCAUGUCGGAUCAGCGCUUCCUCGUAGCAUACCCUGUAGGACUCUUGUACGGUUGUUUCGCCUUGCUCAGUGUAUUCAAAGUGGGUGGGACAGGCUCAUCGAAAUAG